AUCGGACUGGUGACCUUAGGACCGAUGCCAAAAGCCGCGAGCGACAGAUGCUAGUCGAGGAAGAGGAAGCCAGAGGGGCGCUCGCACCGUCUCACGCUCUCUGCGAAAGUAUGCCAGAAAGAGGCUGGUUUUCCGGAUAGCGGCUACUGCGCUCCCCCUUGACUCGUCUGCGAGCCCGACACCGCGUGCGAAUGGAUUUUCAGGCAGGAAAAACAAUGGGUGACCAAAGGACAUUUUUACGAAGCUGACAAGGUUACGGACUAACCGAUAGAGUUAACUAGUUUUAUUUUAGGCAGUGAAAGUAUUUUUGUUGAACUACAAUAUGGAUCCUUAUUGUUUAAGUGUCGAGCGCGAAGCAUCCAAGAAUAUCGAAGAAAACGAACGGGAGUGCUUCAAAGAUGCAAUCGUGUCAAGUCGGAGUCUUAACAAAGGUUACGUCGAGCCCAUGCGACUCAAGACUGCAAUUCCAGAAAUUGCCGCUUGUAUCAUCGCCGCGUCGUUCCACGUUGGCAUUGGUAUUAUGAUGGCCUACUCGGCUAUCCUCGUUCCUGCUCUCGAAGCAGCCGACGCCGACAUCAAGGCGGACAAAUCCCAGACCUCCUGGAUGGCGAGCAUAGUGGUGAUCUCGACACCGGUUGGCGCGCUCAUGGGCAGCUUCCUGAUGGAGGCGUUCGGCCGGCUGCGAACGCUGCAGAUCGGCGCGCUGCCGUACGUCCUUGGAUGGAUAUUGAUAGCCAUGUCGGACUCGGUGACCAUGAUCCUGAUCGGCCGACUCCUGUCCGGUUUGGCCACAGCUCUGGCUGCGUCCCCAGCGGUGGUCUACAUCACGGAAGUGGCGCGGCCCGAGCUUCGCGGCUCGCUGGUGUCGCUGGGGCCGACGCUGGCGUCCCUGGGGAUACUGCUGGUGUACCUGAUGGGCUGGCUGCUGCACUGGCGCACCGUGGCUUGGGUCUCGAUAGCGUACGUCGUGCUGCCGGUCUUCCUCAUCCAGUUCGUCGUGCCGGAGUCUCCCGUCUGGCUGGUGUCCAAGGCUCGGCUGGAGCAGGCCCGCGCGUCCAUCGACUGGCUGCACAGGUGCCAGCCGGAAGUGGGCAAGGCGUCGGCCUUCGCGAGCAUCUGCAAGGAGAACGCGAUCAGAUCGAGCGAGCAGCGGCGCAGCCACCGCAGCGGCGCGCUCGGCAAGCUGCGAGCCUUCCUCAGGCCCACCGGCUGGAAGCCCAUGCUCAUACUCUUCCUGCUGUUCGCCUUCCAACAGUUCAGCGGCAUCUACAUCACGCUGUUCUACGCCGUCACGUGGUUCACGGAGAUCGACGCCGGCUUCAACCCCUACUUGGCUUCGGUCCUCGUCGGCGUCACUCGCUUCCUCUGCUCGAUGGUCAAUACCUGGCUGCUGCGGCGCUUCAAACGCCGAGUCCUCUGCAUCGUCUCCUCCAUCGGUAUGGCUGCCUGCAUGAGCGUCUCCGGCUACUUCACCAUGCGAAUUCUCCUGUACGACGAUCGAAGCGCAACCUGGGUGCCAGUGCUCUGUCUGCUGCUGUACGUCUGCGCCUCGAUGGUGGGCCUACUCACGAUACCCUGGACCAUGACAGCCGAGCUCUUCCCAACGGAGAUCCGCGAGCUGGCCCACGCCAUCAGCUACUCCAUCGCCAACAUUCUCAUGUUCACGGCCGUUCAGAGCUACAGGCAAUUGGUUUGGCUGGUGGGUGGUUCGCACGCGAUCCAGUGGUUCUUCGCCGGAGUCUCGAUCGGCGCCGCCGUCUACGUCUGGCUGCUGUUGCCCGAAACCCACGACAAGAAGCUUUCCGAGAUCGAGGACUACUUCCACGGCAAUCUGCUGGCGUGUGGCGCCGAGGAAAGGGCCAAGAGACUCAGUCAGCGGAAAGCCCAAGCGGCUCUUCUACACUCGCCCGACCAAUACAAAGCCGGCCAGAUUGCUUGAAAGCUCGUUUCCUAUUCUAUAUUACUCGAGCGAGCCUUGCGCUCUUUUUGCUUUCUCGUUUUAUCGUCGUUGAUACCCGCGUGUAUAUAUAUAUAUAUAUAUAUAUAUAUAUAUAUAUAGUCGAAGCCAUGUGUGCACGUACACUUUGCUACAGCUACUUUGUUGUCUGCUUCGUCGCCUCAGUUCCAAGCACCGAUUUCGCUCGACUGUCGAACGAUUUUCACGCUUGCGCUUGAAAUGGAAGGCAACAUUUCCUACGGGUAUUUCGUUUAAUGAAUCGAUCGGCGCGAUGUUCUUAAGUGCUCGCAUAUAAGAAUUCUAUCAACGAUCUCCAAGUGUACAAGCAUUCUGUGUAAAUUGUUGACCGUUCGUGGGUUUUACAGUCGACCGCUUAUUAGAAUGCAAAAUAUCGAUGACCGGUAGAUUGCCGUGUCAUUGUAUCAUUGCCUCAUUCAUUACUGAUGUGUUAUUAAAAGAUGCGCUUUAUGCUGUUGACCCGGAAGCUCGAGAACAGCUAAGCUGAGUGUCAUAAUUUGGUAAGAUGAAGUGUUACUUGAAAACGUCAAGAUUAGGUAGGCAAUUAAUCAGUAGUGCAAUAAAAGAUAACGAGUUUUUAUCAAUUUUUACGUGGUUUCUAUAAGGAAAUGAAUGUUUUGUCCUCGUGUAGGCCAGCCUAGUAAAUGAUUAAGGAGAAGCGGCUCAGUCAGGAGGCACAAUGGAACAGCUUGUUGUUUUAGCAAGAGUACAGCGGCGAGGUGACUUUCAUCGUGCUCGAGGACUCGAUUGUUGCCGAUCAAGUAUAUCGCUGAGAUCUCUUUAUUAUUUCGUCGUGAGAUUAUCCGACACGACCAAUCUGUCUGUUCGUACGUUUUCUUUGGAUAGCGCAUUCAAUUCCUUUUGCAGAUGUACGCGUACCGAAAAUCAAAUAUUUUUCCAAUCGACUUGGAUUUGUAGAUUUUUACAAUUUUAUUGUCUUUCGCCAGUUCAGUUUUUACGCAAUAAGACAUUUUGCAAACAAUAUGUGAAAUUGAAUAUAUUAUUGGAUAAUAAAGCUACCAGCGUUCGAUUAUCUUUUCACGCGAACACCUCCUCUCCACACUGGCUCGUGUACGACGGAAAAGGAUUUCUUUUUUCUACCUGCACGAGCUACUCAAUAUCAAGUUUGAACGUAGGUAUUUGGCGUCCAUUUUCUGCUGACAUAUGCAAUGCAGAAUGACUGUACUUCUAUUUCUAGCUAAAGAAUCGGCGAAAUAUGGUUGACUCGUUAAGAAAACAGAGGAAAAAUCAUACUCGUUAAGAAGAAAAUUCAAUGAGUAAUUUAGUCCGAUAAAAAUAAACAGUUGCCGUGUAAUGGUGCCAAGCGUAUAAAUCAUGUUGAUAAACGCGUCGCUGGUAUACCGCAACGCGUAUAACGAGUGGCUGAUUACGAAUCGAACCUGAUGCACCGUCGAUUAUCGAGGCUUAUGCGAGGAAAAAGUCUUUUUUCGCACGGGAUGGAGAAAUUUUUUGUCUUCGAGAGGUCGGCUGCAUGCAAAUCAAACAAUAUCUUUGACUCUACAUAUAUGGCCAUAUGACCUCGCGACUUGAUUAAUCACGAAUAUAGAUUUCGAAAUCGUGUGCAGCAUCGAAUUGCGCUCUGAAAAAAAGGAUCUUUCGUAAGCUUACUAGAGGAAACCUAUUAUAACGGAUAAAUUAAACAGUUGUAAUUUUGUUAUUGAUUCGCGAUCGCAUUUAGAUUUACCUAUAAUUUUAACGAUAUUUGUUGGCCUAUUACUUACAAUAGAAUUAUCAUAUGGGUUACGAAACGUACAGCUAUUUUGUGGUAGCAGCGAUGCCUACGUCUCUUUUGAACUGCUGCCUGUUACUUUAUAUUUUUUAAUUUUUUUUUAUUUAAAAAAUCACGCAAUAGAAAAAAUAUAAUAUAUCAUUUUAUAAAUUAAAUAAGAGAUCAUUCGAUUUUUUCUAUGAAAUAGCAAUGAAAAUUAGUAUAGAACAUUUGAUUGAAUAUUUAAAAAAAUUCUUGAAUGUUCAGCAACUAAAGGUGCCGAAACAUUGUGGAAACAGUUCCUGCGGUAUUCAGAAAUUUAGCAAACAAUUAAUUUUUUGAAAUAUUCCAGAUAUAUUUAUUGUCUGAUUAAAGCUACAGAAAUAAUUCUUAAAAAUUACAACAAUUAUUUGGUCUUAAUAAGUUCGUCCUAAAAUUCAAUAAAAUAUUUCUGAAAAAGUUGCUGCCAUUAUUUCUUUAAAUAAUUUAGAUAGUUUUUAACAGCGACUGUUCAUAAAAAAUUUCUAUAGCUUGAAUUGCACGGAUAGAUAAACGUUUUUCAAAUUAAAUUACAUUCAAUACAUUUCAUUCGCAAGGCCCCAUCAAAGAAAUUUAUAUUUUAAUAGUGAAAGCAACAAAAAAUAUGACGGUCUUUUUGAACUCAAUCAUCUUAUCCUGUUGGAAAUAAUUUAUGCAUAAUUUAUAUAAUAAUAGAAAUCAUCAGUUAGUAACAUUCACUAACAGUUAUUUACAAUUUAUAACCGUUUAUAAACUUCAGAUUUUGGACACGUAUAACAAUUAUAAAGAGUUAUUUUCGUUUAAAAAACUGUCAUUAUUAAAUAACCACAUUUCUUCAGUCACUAACGCAUAUUUGCAUUUUUAUUCGCUAAACCAAAUUUAUUUUGAGAAAUAAUAGAUUCAAAUAACUAUAAAUAACUGCAAAUAACAGUUAUCACCAAUUACCUAAUGGAAUAAAAAAUUAGUAGUUAUUAUUUGCAGUUAAUUGUAACUAUUAAUUUGCCAAUAUCAGACACGAAAAAAAUAAUUAUAGGAGAAGAAAAUUAAGUGAUAAUAAUAUUAUAUGUUUAAAAUAAUUUUUUAUUAUUACGUAUGGUGAUAACGUAUGGUAAUUAUUUACAUUUUUGAACUUGAUAUAAAAACUGUUCAUAACUGCUAUUAAUAGCAAAUUUUUUUAUAAUAAAAAGAUGCGUUUCCAAAAUUGUUUAUAACUGUUAAUAACUAUAUAUAAUUAUUAUUAGCACAUAAAACUGUUAGUAACUAUUAUACGUGUCUAAAAUCUGACAUUUAUAAACUAUUUUAAGAUAAAAAUAAUUACGUGCAACAGUUUUACGUAAAAAUUAUUUCCAAUAGAGUAUGAUUAUGACAAAGAUAGCGAUAUAAAAUAGCAUCCGAUCUGCCGAACUUUAUAUUCUUAUGCUAUCUCAAUUAAAAUAUGUAUUUGCACAGUCGUUUACACUCAGCUCAAUUCCGAAAGCCACACGUAUAGUUUUUACAGAGUGCGCUUUCGUUCAUCUCAGCCACCAUGGCGGAAAGACAAACUCGGUACUUUUGAUUCUAAGAAAUAUGUAAAAAAUUUGCGGCAACAUAUACCCAUUUACUUAUAUGUAUUGUUAUAUGCGUACAUAAUAUAAAUUAUGCUCAUUGAUAUAUGUAUUGAACGA